CUCAAUGUUUUUAAAUCUGUUUUUACAUCUGUUACGCUUCCGCCGGUGGAUGGCGCUGUGGCGUCGAAGCGCAAAGACUGCUGCAGAGCGCGCGUGCACGAGACCCUGACAUAUGGACACGCGCGGCUCGUUUGUUUUGAUUUACUUCCUGUCCAGGUAUUGGCUUAUGUUCGAGGGUGUGUCUUUAUUUCUCGAGGUGUCUAUGCUUUAGUUUAAUUAUGUUGGUUAUUUAAACCCCUCGUGCGGCUGCGCACUUCGCGCAGUAUUAUAGUUUGUAACGUUAGUAGUGUUUAAGGAGUAUAGCUUUAGCUCUGUGUAAGAAUGCGUGUAGCAUGCUAGCGGUCUCAGUUCCAUGUUCUGUUUUCGAGUAAUGCCUAGACUGUAGUUCCAUGGUUGAUCCAGCUAGUCCUGUUCAGCAUAGACCGCGCUUCUUGUGUUCUGUUAGUUUGUUUAUCAAUAAAGACGGCGCUCCUGCGCUUACUUCCUGCUAACUGUCCUGUGUCGUUACAUCACACUCCUGUCCAGUGAAGUGAUUAUUUGGUGAUAAUAAUAAUACAUUUUAUUAUUAUUAUUAUUGCAACAUAGUACAUGCGGUCAUGCACAUUAGGGUUAGUGUGCUACAUGGGAUAUACAAUAGUCAUUACAAAAGUCAUUAAUGUAAUUUUUGAAUUCUAAAUGAAUAGUUCAAUUCAUAUUUUGCAGAAACUUAAUUUAUCUAAUUCUAAAGCAUCAUUGCUAUAUUUUAUUCUGUCAAACAGUGAGAUGGCAAUAUUUUGAUGGGUGUAGAAGGCCUCACUGGGACAUUUUGUAUUAGUAGUGUAAAACAUAUGCAUUGGCUUACAUAUUGGUAGACAUAUGCAAAUAAAAAAAAUAUAUACAUGUAGGAAACACUUAAGAGACUUAAUCUAUAUGUAACAAGAAAAUGAAGGAAUGGGAUAAGCUGACUUAAACAUCUAGUUAUCUAGUUGGUGGCUGUGCUCAGGUGGUAGAGCAGGUUGUCUAAUCGUAGGGUUGGAGGUUCGAUUCCUGGCCCACAUGACUCGAAGUGUCCUUGGGCAAGACACUGAACCCCAAGUUGCUCCUGAUGUCAAGUUAGCACCUUGCAUGGCAGCUCUGCUACCAUUGGUGUGAGAAUGGGUGAAUGGGAAACACUGCUCAGGUUAAAAAAAAGUGCAGACCAUUAGUUAUGUCAAUAGUUGUGUAGGAAAGUUCCUCAUAUUCAGAGUAGGGCUAGGCAGGUGCUCAAGUUGCUAUGAUUUAAUAAAGCAGCAUGUCAGUUACAUUUAUGUUUUUAAAUAAGAAGUCAUUUACAGUGCAUAUACACUAUAAAGAAAACAGUCACCAACUAUUAAUUUGAUAGCACAUUGUGCUAUUCUGUGUGUCACAUUUUUAUUAAAAAGACCAGAGUGGGGCGCACGGUGGCUUAGUGCUAAGCACGUUUGCCUCCCACCUCCAGGGUUGGGGGUUUGAUUCCCACCACAACCCUGUGUGUGCGUAGUUUGCGUGUUCUCCCUGUGCUGCUCCCCCUGUCCAAAGACAUGCAUGGUAGGCUGAUUGGCAUGUCCAAAGUGUCUGUAGUGUAUGAAUGGGUGUGUGAAUGUAUAUGUGAGUGUGCCUUGCGAUGGCCUGGUACCCUGUCCAGGGUAGUAGUUAUAUCAUACACUUUCUGUCAAACUGUCAAUCAAAGUGUUGUGUGUGAUAAUUUAUGACCCUCUGUGCUUCCCUGACUGACAGGUCUGUAGGGGUGGUGAGGGGGGUAACCCUAUGGAGUUUAUCAGAUGGUCAAUCUGGCUCCUUUGUGUCUGGGGGUGUUGUGGAGAGGUGUGUGUUGGGGGGAAUAGUCCCCCUCCCGACAAAAGGUGUUUAUGUUAAUGAGUUUGGUUUUUGGUGGGGUGAAAUACGUCUGAAAAGAAAUAAUGUUUUUAAUAUGGGGCUGUGUUUGUGUUACUUUGUGGCGUUAUUUCGUUUGUCUAAACACAUUGUUAGAAAAGCAUGAUGUUUGAAUGUGUACAUAUAUGAGUAGAAUAUUUGUUUUGUGAAAUAAAUGAAAACAAUUGUUGAUUAUGUUUUUUAGGGAUCCCGUUUUACCUUUGAAUAAAAAGUUUAGGAGUUAAAGCGUCUUUUUUUAAAAAAAGAAUCUGUUUAAAAAAGAAUCUGUUUAAAAUAAUCGUUUGUAUUACAUACAUUCUAAACACAAACCUUCAGGAUGUAAAAAAUGAUCAAAAGAGAUGUUUAAAAAGAAUCCGUAUUACCAGGUUUCCCAAAAAACACAAAAACUUUAGGAGGUAAAAAUGGUUAAAAGAGCUGUUUAAAAAGAAUAGCGCGUAUUACACGACUUCUAAACAAAGAUCCUUACGAGGUAAAAAUGUUAAAGUGCUGGCUAAAAGAAUCUCCGUAAUGUUUAAACUAGGAGAGAAGUAUUUUCCAGAGAUGUCUUCCAGUCGCUGUGUUAAGCAGUAAUGAAGUUAAACGGAGACGCCUCACUCUCGCUAAACCCCGCCCACACAUACGUGUUUUCAGACACGCCUCUCUCUCAUUCUAAACACACCCAUUCACAUGUUUUCAACGUAGCCAGUACGUUCUGUCAAAAUGUCAAUCACGGCGGUAGAACUAGAGGGCUAAUUUAUGGCCUCGUCCAUGACAGGCCUGCGUUUCUCUAGGAGUGCUUAAUUUAUGGCUCUUUGUUUCUUCCUGACCAAAGAGUUUUUUAUGACUAGGGGGGUCGUGGUGUGAUCCUACAGAUUGUUUAUGAUAAUGAGUGUCUGCGGGGGUGUUAAUUGCUUUACGACACACCCUACAAUAGGUAUGCUUUAUGUUUAAAAGUACGGCCAGUUACGCAGAAGUCUCUAAGAUCGCGGCCGUGUAUCAGAGCGCUGUGUAAUUUUAGGCGAAUCGUCGAUUCUCGUUUUAACUCGCCUUUAAAGCUUUAUAUAUUAUUUUUGAGAAUACUUCAAAGAGGAGAUGGCUGUCUGUCGCAACAGUAUCUAACGCUACAGGUGAUGAUGAUAUUGUGUCUAUCCCGGACAUCGUAGACGAAAUCAGGUUUCUGAACAAGGCAAGCGGGUCGAACACAGAAGUCCCGCGAGUCAGGUUUGAAAACCCCGUGCUGGGCUUGUCAAAUCUUGUAGACAAGAUCGCUGCACCCGAGUUCAAAAAUAGUGCUGCGGUCUCCACUGAACUCGGUAUACCAACGAACUCUGGAAAGGCCAAGCGUAAAACAGUCGCUCAGGUCCACAGCGCGGGUGUCGCUACGUCUAAACGUAAACGAUCAAGAUCUCCCCCACGAUCGACAGAAGAGUCAGCUGUGAAUGAACCGAGCACUAUAGACUCUUGUUUGAACUGGAAUCAGGAGCUGUUAGAUUCGUGGGACGCAUGUGUAUUUACCCCGGUUCCCGGAGACGAUCUGCCUUCAAACCAAGAAGCAUUUGGUCGCGAGGCUACUGAUGUUAUAGACAAUAACAGAGACUCGGCGGAGGUGAUACGAACCGGGUUCAAGGCCGUCGAGGACCGUAUUGCUGGUUUUGAAAAGACUUUUGCCAGCGUCACCGAGCGUCUGGACAUUAUAGAGAAGAAUCAGCGUCUUUAUAAUCAAAGUCUUGUGGAAACUUUACAAAAACAUACCAUCACACAUAAAGAAAUCAUAGCAAACCAGAAGCGUCUUAUUGGGGACAUUCGUCGCGUUGAUCACAAUCAACACCUGACGGCGGAAUUGUUAAAACAGUUUGUACAGUUAGUUAAAAACAAGAAACUCGGGUGAGUUGUACAAUAAGUAUUUUAUAACCCCUGUGUGUGUGUGUGUGUGUGUGUGUGUGUGUGUGUGUGUGUGUGUGUGUGUGCGUGUGCGUUUAUUUGCUGGUGUGUAUCUGGUUUACGGUGUGUGAUUUUUACUAGUUUUUGUUUCAAUAAUAAAAAUGUCAAAGCGGUGUGGUGAAAACUCGUGUAAUCUGGGAGCUGCAAUUAAAUUUAGAAGAUGCGACGACGAUGAUCUGUGUACUUUUGAACAGCGUUGCACCACAGAGACGUUACAGGGUUUAAUUCGGACAAUGGAGGAUCUGAAUAGACAGCAGUCUACCACCGAUACUUUGUUGGACUUAUUAAACAUUGUUAGAUCAAUGGCUGAGGUUCAAACAGAGCCGCUGCCUAAUUCGUUGUUAGACAUCGGUUCAAAUUCGUUGUUAGUCAGCGAUUCAAAUUCACAGCAGGUGGGGUGCGGGUCGGACAGUCAAUCGUUUAAUCCCUCGGAACCAAAUUUUGGGUUAUCCGAAGCAGCUAUUGAGUCUAUCGUAAGAGAGGGUGGGUCUGUUGGUGAUUAUACGGUGGUACCGAGACGCAGAUUUAAUGGUUUGGAGAUACGGCGUCGUAUAAACAUGCGUGUGAUAACCGCUCCAGACCUGGCAGCAUACGCUAUAUUUCUGCAUGAUAUCAUGUCUGAAAUAGUGUCGUUUUCCAGACUGCUGGCCGGCGAUGGGGGCUUAAUCAACAUUACCUUGAGAGGCCCUAGUCUACCCUCUGACGUUAACGCUGUCUUGUCACCUGAUAACGAUUACGAUUUGCACAUAUUCACACAACAACUAGAGAACAUUAUGCAAAGUAAUUCUGACGUACGGGCUGAUGAAUGUCUAGACCUGUACGUGUCUAUAGCUCGCGGUAAACACGGUGGCGCUUAUCGAAAGAUACGUGAUUUAGCUCAUAACGAGGUGAUUGCCAGAAACAGAAUGAAUCUGUUCUGUCCCAACAACAUAUCUAACAAUCUGUGUUUUGCGAUCUGUCUGUCCCAUUUUCUACAACCGCAUGCGUCAUGUGGUGAACUCGAGUCGUUAGCAGCGUCUCUACAGAAAACUGCAGGGUAUUCGGUACAACAAAAGAUAGGGUUUGAUGACAUCACGCGAUUUGAACGGUUGUUACAUGUUAAAAUAGUGGUGUUCCAUAGGACAUGUUCUGGUCUGUUGGAACACUUUACGAACAAUGACGAGCCUCAUAAUAAGACCGUGUUCUUGUAUUUACACAACGAACAUUAUUUCUUGAUUAAGAACCUAAAAGCAUUCAUCGGUACACCAUACGUGUGCGAAUACUGCUAUCGUGGUUUUACUAGCCGCAGAGACCACAGGUGUAAAUACGUUUGCGAUGUAUGUAAUGCACCUGAUUGUCAUAAAUACGCUGGCAAAACGAGGCAAUGUCACGAUUGUUUGCGGUACUGCAGAUCAACCUACUGUUACAACGCACAUAAACAAAUGCAAACAGGACAACCGUACGCUCAGUGUGACGUCACUAAAUACUGUCAGAAAUGUAAUAGGCGAUAUCACGUCAACGGAGCAGUACCAAAAAAACAUGUGUGCCCUGCAGAACACUGUGUCCACUGUAAAGCUGAGUUGGUUAAUGACGGAGUACACCAAUGUUUCAUACAACCGAUAAAAACGGAACCACCUAGCGACAAAUACAUUUAUUAUGAUUUUGAGACACAACACACGGACGGUAAACACGUGGCAAAUUUCGUAUGCGCCAUUACAUUUAAAGGGGAAGAGUUCACAGCCGCUGGUACAGACUGUAUAGAUCAACUUGUUAAAAAGUUUAGACAGCCUCAUUAUCAGAAUUACACAUGGGUUGCACACAACGCUUCAGGGUUUGACAAUUUUAUUCUGUUGGAAUAUUUUGCAAAAGCAGGGCUAACACUCCAAAUUACUAUGCAAGGCUGUCGGAUCAUCUUAAUGUAUGAUAAGACAUUCAAGCAACGUUUCAUCGAUAGCUACUCUUUCAUCCCUAUGCGUCUGUCCAUGACAUCCGCUGCGUUAAAUCUAACCUGCGCUGAGAAAGGUCAUUUUCCACAUCUGUUCAAUAGAACCGAAAAUGAAGACUACGUAGGCCCAUCUGAUCAAGCUGAAAUUUGA